AUAGAGCAACAUGUUUGGAACAGCCCUAGUGGUAGCGGUAUUGAAAACAUCACUAAGCGCAGCAAAUUUUCACAAACUUCAAUACAUGACUUAAAAAAACUGAAGGAAGGAGCUAAACGCACAGCCUAAACCGAAGAACUAUUACAAUCAUGGUUUGAACACCCUGUACCGGUUAUCAUUACCUACCGUUAAAUCAUUUUGCAAGGAUCUAAUUGUCAAAAUAACAAUAAUAAACACACUUUAGGUCUUGUGGCGGGGUCAAGAUCGUACAAUGCAGCUUGCAGCGGUUUGUGGCACUCUGAUAGCGUCCGUGCUUUUAAUUCAAGCCAUUGCAGGAAACACAGAAUGCUCAUGUGGACGAAAUCAUUUCACGUGUGCGGUGAAUACCUUCGGGGAGUGCACCUGCAUUCCAGCUCAGUGGCAGUGCGACGGGGACAAUGACUGUGGGGACCACAGUGAUGAAGACGGGUGCAUGCUUCCUACCUGCUCCCCACUGGAUUUCCACUGCGACAAUGGGAAGUGUAUCCGCCGCUCCUGGGUAUGCGAUGGGGACAACGAUUGUGAAGAUGAUUCGGAUGAGCAAGAUUGUCCUCCCCGAGAGUGUGAAGAGGAUGAGUUCCACUGCCAGAACGGAUACUGUAUCCGCAGCCUGUGGCACUGCGACGGAGACAAUGACUGCGGAGACAACAGCGACGAGCAGUGUGACAUGAGGAAAUGUUCAGACAAGGAGUUCCGGUGUACUGAUGGAAGCUGUAUUGCUGAACACUGGUACUGCGAUGGAGACACAGACUGCAAAGACGGAUCAGAUGAGGAAAACUGCCCCUCUGAUGUUCCCAUGGUGACGUGCAGCGUGGAGGAGUUCCAAUGCUCGUACGGCCGCUGCAUCCUUGAUAUCUACCACUGUGACGGCGAUGAUGACUGUGGUGACUGGUCUGAUGAGUCUGAUUGCUCCUCUCACCAGCCCUGCAGAUCUGGGGAGUUCAUGUGCAGCAGCGGCCUGUGCAUCAACGCUGGCUGGAGGUGUGAUGGAGACUCUGACUGUGAUGACCAGUCCGAUGAGAAAAACUGCACCACCUCCACUUGUACCACCGACCAGUUCCGCUGCAAGUCUGGGCGCUGUGUGCGGUUGUCAUGGAGAUGCGACGGGGAAGACGACUGCUCAGAUAACAGCGACGAAGUAGGCUGUGAGAAAACAGAUUCCCCUCAGUGUGCUCCAGACCAAUUCCUGUGUGGGAAUGGCCGCUGCAUCGGUCAGAGGAAGGUGUGUAAUGAGGUCAGCGACUGUGGCGACGGCAGCGAUGAGAGCCCCCACCAGAACUGUCGUCCCAGGUUGAGUGAGGAGAGUUGCAAUGUGAACAAUGGUGGCUGUGCUCAGAAAUGCCAGAUGGCUCGAGGACUGGUGCAGUGCACGUGUCACACUGGGUUCAGGCUGAAGGAUGAUGGGAGGUCAUGUCAAGAUGUGGAUGAGUGUUCAGAAGAAGGCUACUGCAGUCAGGGCUGCACUAACACUGAGGGAGGUUUCCAGUGCUGGUGUGUGCACGGCUAUGAACUCCGACCCGAUAAACGCAGCUGCAAAGCAUUAGGGCCAGAGCCUGUUCUGCUGUUUGCCAACCGGAUCGACAUCCGACAAGUGCUUCCCCACCGCUCCGAGUACACGCUCCUGCUCAACAACCUGGAGAAUGCCAUCGCUCUGGACUUCCACCACAGCAUGGAGCUGGUCUUCUGGUCGGACGUCACCCUGGACAGGAUCAUGAAGGCCAACUUGAACGGAAGCAAUGUGGAGGAGGUGGUGUCGACAGGCCUCGAGAGUCCAGGUGGUCUGGCAAUUGACUGGAUCCACGACAAGCUGUACUGGACAGACUCUGGCACAUCUCGCAUCGAGGUCGCCAACGUAGAUGGCACUCACAGGAAGGUGCUCCUGUGGCAAAAUAUGGAGAAACCACGAGCCAUAGCUCUCCACCCAAUCGAAGGGAAGAUCUACUGGACCGACUGGGGCAACACUCCGCGGAUUGAGUAUGCUAACAUGGACGGCUCCAAUCGCAGGAUCAUUGCUGACACCCACCUCUUUUGGCCAAACGGGCUGACCAUCGACUACGCUGGCCACAGAAUGUACUGGGUGGAUGCCAAGCAUCAUGUGAUUGAGCGAGCCGAUCUGGAUGGGAGCAACAGGAAAGCGGUCAUCAGCCAAGGGUUGCCUCAUCCCUUUGCCAUCACUGUCUUUGAGGACAGCCUGUACUGGACUGACUGGCACACCAAGAGCAUCAACAGUGCCAACAAGUUCACAGGCAAGAACCAGGAGAUCAUCCGCAACAAACUCCACUUCCCCAUGGACAUCCACACACUGCACCCACAGCGGCAGCCAGCGGGAGGGAGAAACCGCUGUGGGAACAACAAUGGGGGUUGCAGCCAUCUCUGCCUGCCCAGCAACAAAACAUUCACCUGUACUUGUCCAACUGGCUUCCAGAAGAUUGACAAUUUCAACUGCGCUCAAAGUCUUGACAAGUUCCUGCUUUUUGCCCGAAGGACGGACAUCCGUCGGAUCAGCUUCGACACAGAGGACAAGUCUGACGAUGUCAUCCCGCUGGCUGAUGUGCGCAGCGCUGUGGCGCUGGACUGGGAUUCCAAGGAUGAGUACAUCUACUGGAGCGACGUCACCACCGACUCUAUUAACAGGGCCAAGUGGGACGGCUCCAGACAGCAGGUUGUUGUGGAUACCAGUCUGGAGAGUCCAGCCGGUCUUGCUUUUGACUGGGUGACCAGCAAACUGUACUGGACAGACGCAGGUACAGACAGGGUUGAAGUGUCCAAUGCAGAUGGCAGCAUGAGGACUGUGCUGAUCUGGGAGAACCUGGACAGACCCAGGGACAUUGUAGUGGAUCCCAUUGGAGGGUACAUGUACUGGACAGACUGGGGAGCCAGCCCCAAGAUUGAGCGGGCAGGGAUGGAUGCCUCAAACCGCAUUGUCAUCAUCUCCUCCAACCUGACCUGGCCCAAUGGACUGGCGAUUGACUAUGAGACCGAGAGGCUGUACUGGGCAGAUGCUGGCAUGAAAACCAUAGAGUUCUCCAACUUGGAUGGCACUGACAGACAGGUGUUGAUUGGAAGCCAGCUGCCCCACCCCUUUGGGCUGACUUUGUAUCUGGACAAAAUAUACUGGACAGACUGGCAGUCCAAGAGCAUCCAGAGUGCUAAUAAACUCAGUGGCCUGGGCCGAGUCACUCUGAGAGAGAACCUGGAGAACCUCAUGGAUAUUCACAUGUUUCACCGGCACAGGUCACCAGUGCCCACAGUGUGUAAAGUGAAUAAUGGAGGAUGCAGUCACCUCUGUCUGCUGGCUCCCCUGCCCAAGGGUUCCAGCUGCGCCUGCCCAACAGGAAUCAACCUCCAGUCUGAUGGAAAGACCUGCGCUCAUGGCAUGAACAGUUUCCUGAUUUUUGCACGAAGGACAGACAUCCGCAUGGUUUCUUUGGACAUUCCAUACUUUGCCGAUGUUGUUCUUGCGAUCAAUGAAUCUUUGAAAAAUACCAUUGCCAUUGCUGUGGAUCCUAAAGGAGGGAAGGUGUACUGGUCAGACAGUACGUUGAAAAAAAUAAGCAGAUCCAACCUGAAUGGAACAGAGUAUGAAGAUAUUAUCACAACUGGUUUAAUGACGACGGAUGGACUGGCGGUGGAUGCUGUGGGCCGUAAGAUUUACUGGACUGACACUGGGACCAACCGGAUUGAAGUCGCCAAUUUGGAUGGAUCAAUGAGAAAAGUUCUUAUUUGGCAAAAUCUGGACAGCCCGAGGGCCAUUGCACUCUACCAUGAAAUGGGAUAUAUGUUCUGGACUGACUGGGGAGAGCAUGCAAAGCUGGAACGUUCUGGAAUGGACGGAACAGACCGCGUGGUACUCAUCAGUAACAACCUGGGCUGGCCCAAUGGACUGGCCAUAGACAAGGCAGGGUCCCAGUUACUGUGGGCUGAUGCUCAUACUGAGCGUAUUGAGGCAGCUGACCUGAACGGCGCCAACCGUCGAACGCUGGUCUCCCCGGUUCAGCACCCCUACGGACUGACCCUACUUGGCCCACACAUCUACUGGACAGACUGGCAGACCCGCAGCAUUCAGCGAACAGACAAGAACACGGGCGGCAGCAGCAUCACUGUGCGCGGAAACCUGCCUGGCCUCAUGGACAUUCAGGCUGUGGACCGGGACAAGCCCCUGGGCUUUAAUAAGUGUGGUGUGAGAAACGGAGGCUGCAGCCAUCUGUGCCUCCCCAAUCCCAGCAGCCUCUCCUGCUCGUGCCCCACGGGGAUCCAGCUGAAGAGCGAUGGGCGGACGUGUGACGACUCCCCCGAGACAUACCUGCUCUUCUCCAGCCGUGGCAGCAUCCGCCGCAUCUCCCUGGACACCAACGACCACACUGACGUCUACGUGCCGGUGCCUGAGCUCAACAAUGUCAUCUCACUGGACUUCGACAGCGUGGACGGGAAGGUCUACUACACAGACGUGUAUCUCGACGUCAUCAGGCGUGCCAACCUGAAUGGAAGCACCUUGGAGACUGUGAUUGGCCACGGCCUGAAAACGACGGACGGGCUGGCGGUGGACUGGGUGGCUCGGAAUCUAUACUGGACAGACACAGGCAGGAACACCAUCGAGGUAGCCCGGCUAGACGGCUCCAAUCGCAAAGUGCUCAUUAACAACAGUCUGGACGAGCCCAGAGCCAUCGCUGUGUUCCCAAGGAAGGGGUAUCUCUUCUGGACUGACUGGGGUCACAUUGCCAAGAUUGAGAGGUCACACCUGGAUGGUUCUGACCGCAAGGUCCUGAUCAAUACUGACCUGGGCUGGCCCAACGGAUUGACUCUGGACUACGACACCCGAAGGAUCUACUGGGUUGAUGCACACUUAGACCGGAUAGAGAGUUCUGAUCUCAAUGGAAAACUGCGCCAGAUCCUGAUCAGCCCUGUCUCCCACCCCUUCGCCCUCACACAGCAAGACCGAUGGAUUUAUUGGACUGACUGGCAGACAAAGUCUAUUCAGCGAGUAGACAAGUACACAGGAAGGAGCAAGGAGACCAUUCUUGCCAAUGUUGAGGGACUCAUGGACAUCAUUGUAGUGUCAACACAGCGGCAGACCGGUACCAACUUCUGUGGAGUUAAUAAUGGAGGCUGCACUCACCUUUGCUUUGCCAGAACCACUGAUUUUGUUUGUGCCUGUCCGGACGAAAGUGAUGGAAAACCUUGUUCCACAAUUCCAGGUUAUGUACCACCAGCUCCUGAGACUUCUACAACAAGUGCUGCUAAGCCUGAUAAAUCUCACAAGAACCCUGGUGUCUCCACAGAGAAACCCACACCACCUGUCCAUACACCUGGAAAAAAUUGCUCUGUACAUGGUGCAGGUCUUGCAAACUGUAACACUGAACGGGGUGAUGGUCCAGUCCCCUCCGAUGAAAGUUUGCACCUGAGUUACAUCAUUGGGGGAGUCCUCACCAUGCUGGCCUUCCUCGUUCUUAUUGCUGCCUUUAUCAUAUACAGGCACAAAAAGUCAAAGUUUGCAGAUCCAGGAGUGAGCAACCUGACUUACAGUAACCCAUCAUAUCGCACCUCCACGCAAGAGGUGAAAAUAGAAACAGUGCAAAAGCCACCAAUUUAUAACCAGCUACGAUAUAAGAAAGAGACCGGCAUUGACAACAGUUACACCAAGGAGAAGAUCAAGAUCGUGGAGGGAAUCUGCCUGCUGUCCAGCGACGAGCUGUACUGGGAGGACCUGAAGCAGAUGAAGCCCUCGCGGGGUGGGAUCCUGCGGGACCACGUCUGCAUGAAGACGGACACGGUGUCCCUGCAGGCCAGCAGCAGCGGCUCUCUGAACGACACAGAGACGGAGCAGCUGCUGCAGGAGGAGCAGCAAUCCGAGUGCAGCAGCGUCCACACCACCACGGCGACCACGCCUGAGCGACACAGCUCCCUGCCAGACACAGGCUGGGAGAUCCAGCGCAAGCCCUCCACUGAGAGCGAGGUCUGAUUCACCCUCCCGCCAGCAGGCCUAGAUUCCUCUUCUUGUGUUUUUUUUUUUUUUUUUUUUAUUUCACCACGAACUGCAUCUGGCUUCAGCUACUUUAGUCCUGCGGCUGCUGCCUCAGAUAGAGACUGAGAGAACUGGGUGGGGAAGAAAAAAAAAAAUAAGACUGAAAGAAUAAAUAAAUAAAUAUCUGGAACCGUUUUUAUUUUUUUUUAAGCAAAAAUACGUUAUCGACUGCUUUCGUGUGUUAUUUUAAAUGUGGACUUUUUUUGGGGGGGGGGCUACUCGGUAAACUAAUAACUCCUAAUACGCCACUAAAAAUAUAUUGGAAGAUUUGUUAUUUUAGUUAUUUUAUUUAUAAUUUUAUUUGGAGUGGUUUUGUAGUAAACAUACUAGGCCUCUAAACAAAAAUCCAGCAAGAGACUUGGAAUUUUAAAAAAAAACUAAAAAACAAACAAAAACAAACAAAAAAAAUAGCCCAAAGAGGCAUUUUAUGUGUGUGUGUGUGUGUGUGUGUGUUUAUGUGUGUGUGUGUGUAUGUCUGUGCCAAAAGAGCUUGACUUUUUUAUCCAGUCAAGGUCCAUUCCCUUUGGUUUGCAUUUCCCUGUAGUUUUCACAAAGGGCAUCAGCUGAAUAGCACAGAUACUGCCUCAUCCGGACGGUACAUGUUCCUGCUGGUUAGAUGGCCAAUAGAUAUUGGAGAAUCAGCCAAAGAGUACAUCAACAAAUAAUUUAAAUAAAUAAUAUUUGGAGGAGAAAAUCAGCCCACAUGUGAAGGGGGUGGUUUGAGAGAAAAAGGCCCACCUUUACUGUCAAGAUAUUCCAUAUGCAUAAUUUCAUUUAAAGAGAAACGCUUAGCAACUUUAUUUUUCCUUUUGAGGAAAACACCAACGUCUGUUCCAUGUUUUAUGUGGCAUUCUAUUCUAAACGAUCAAAAAGAAUAUUGCUGACGUUCUUUGGGUUAUAUGAUUCAGCAAUGUUGCUAUCUGUACCCAGCCUUUGAUGUAGACUGUGUGCAUCACAAAAUAUACUGCGCCUUAAGGCCUGAAUAUUACCAUAGUAACAACUUUCUUGGGCAACCAGGUAAAAUUAUUUAUAAUGUGUUGUCUCUGUGGUACAAAUGAGCAGUGUGUAUGACGUGUUUAAAAAAUAAAACCAGAAAGAACAAUCCCAAAUGGUGAUUAACCCAAAUAUAAAGCAGUGUUUUUGUUUUCUGAAUCUGUAGACACUGUUGGAAAUAUCAUACUGCGGCUUAAUUUAAAUACAUUUAUGAAAAUGCAUUUUGAAAAGUUGUUCGCAACUGCCAGCGGUCUAUUGACAAAACAAAGACGUGUGGCACUGAUGUCUAAAAAGAUUGCUUGUGAUUUUUAAAAUGCAAAGAAAGCACCAUUUAAGGUAAUUUCAAAACUCAAAUAUCACUUUAACAGAAGCAUCCAUUUCUACACUGAGGUUGGCAAAUGUUCAACUUGAGAACCUUAUUAGUGGUAAUAUUUAUUUUAUUAUUACAAUGCUUGUGGAGGCUGGUUUAAACCAAUAUCUAGAUCUGUAUGUAUUUCCCAACUUCAUGUUUUUUGUAUUCAAAACACAACAUACUAAAUCAUUUGGCUGAAGUUUUCUAACUGAGCUGACCUGGAAAGCAGUAUAAAAAAUAUUUUAGUCUCAGGUACGACUACAGAGAGAACUAUUAUUUAAAAGGCAGAUAAACUUUAUUGAAUGGACUGGAAUAACAACACUAACACAAGCUGCUUAUCCAGACUUGCUACUGUACUCUAUGGGUGACUUCCAAGAAUAUAGAACAGCCUAUCCUUAACUUCAAAAACACUAAUGUAACUUUUAAAUUAAGGUAGACAAAUGUUUAUUGUUAGUUACCAGUACACGGAUGAAAUCACUAGCCGAAACAUUUGUCUACUUAGAUUUAAUUUUGUAUUUGAUAUGUACUGGGGUUAUCCUAAAUAGUUAAUAACUGACCAGUAUCUUUUUUUUUGGUUUGCACCUUUUAUUGGUAGCUAAUUAACGGAAUAACAAUAAAGUUUCUUAUAACUAUCAGGCAGCAUGCUGGUUAAUAUUGUAUUCUGUGAUAGCUCUAAAAAUGUGCCCUACUUUUUAUAUUUCAGAUUAAACAUUACUAACAAACGAGCUGUACAGAAUUGAGAUAAGACAUGUGUAUUUGUUGAAAAAAAUCUCUGUAAGCACUGAUUUAUUGUAUAAAGAAAUCUGUUUUUUGUACUAAGCUAUUUUUUCCCCUGUUGUUUUGAAUUUAUUAACUUUACUCACUGGAAAAUAAUGAUUGCUGGGUUUGUUUAACCACUGUGUCUAUUCAGAACAUUAUAAAUAUUAGGGAUGUGCCAGUUCUUUAAUACAGAGUAUUCUUUUGAUAUUACAAAUUAUGGCUUCUAGUCAAUUAUAACUGUUGUAAAGUGAACUAAAAAUGUAUAUAUCAUUUAUUUAUAAUUUUGCAUUUUGUUUUACUUUUUGUUUUUUUUAUAAAUAACAUUUCACCUCUCUAUGCAUGAUGAGUAUUUUUUGUCUUUUUUUAUUAUUUCAGAAAGGGUAGCAUCAUGCAUGAAUGUAAAGAUUGGUGUAUAAAUAAUGCCCUUUCAUUAAGGGAUUAAGUUGCUGAUCCCAAUUUUUUGUCUUCCUGGAUGUAUUUUAUAAUAUAUUCUCUCUCUCUCUCUCUCUCUCUCUCUCUCUCUCUCUCUCUCUCUCUCUCUCUCUCUCUCUCUCUCUCUCUCUCUCUCUCUCUCUCUCUCUCUCUCUCUCUCUCUCUCUCUCUCCAUGUUGCCUGUAUAAGUAAUAUAUAAAAGUGGAAUCUACCUGUUGCAAGUCAAUUUCAGUCCUGAUCUAAGACAGCAGCUCUCUAGAGGCCUGAUAGAUGGUGCUUGGUUGGCGGGUGCCAGACCCAGCAAAACAUACAAGAUCAGCACUGGUUUAAAAAGAAAGAAUAAGUAUGAGCCAAUCCUCUGCACUCUGGUGUACACAUGGAGUCACAUAAGCAAACAUCUUCUAGAGCUGUAUGUAAAAGAACAAGUCAAGUUAAUCUUUGAGUAUCGCUUGGAACAUCAGUCUGAUCAGAAGAUUCAUUUAGAAACACCUGAUGGGAUCUAUCUGUACAUAAAUGAUUUCAGAAAACAGCACUGUAUCUAAGGGAUUAUGACCAACAGAAUACAAAUCUGUUACAAGCAAUAAUUACACUGAAUAAAAUAAAAUAUUAAUAAUAAUAUAUUAAUAUAUGUUACAGUCAUUUGACCAGAUGAUUCAACUUUUAGGCAGUCUGCCGGAUGACUAUCAGCGUUGUCAGUACAGUAUAUUCAUGGGAGAGGGUGAACACCUCAUCACUGAAAAUGGCUUGUUAUUACUUGUUUUUCUUGGGAUGCUCAAGUGUGUAUGUGUGAGUGUAUACAUAUAUAUAAUUGUGCUAAGUGCUUUAAAAGAAAUUCUGUUUCUCAAAA